AGGCGGGGCUGUGUGCUUUGUGUUUCCUCCCGCCUCAGCUUCCGAGGCGCUCCCGGGUCGACGAGAUCGUCUGCGGAAGCUGGGGUGUAGGUGGUCAUCUGCUGGGUCGGGGCUGGGUCAGAGUAAGAUCGUGGCAGGAGGCAGUGGGCUCAGCCACCCGCGAGAUGGAAGGGACAGAAGGCAAUCCCGGGCAGCCCGGCCCCGCAGAACGCUCCCACCGAAGCAGCGUGUCCUCCGUGGGAGCCCGAGCAGCUGAUGUGCUGGUGUACCUGGCUGACGACACAGUGGUGCCCUUGGCUGUGGAGAACCUGCCCUCGCUCAGCGCCCAUGAGCUGCACCGCAUGGUCCGGGAGGUGCUGCAGCUCCCCGAUGCUGCUGUGGAUGCCUUUGCACUCUGGCUCGUCUCUCCGCUGUUGGAGGUGCAGCUGAAGCCCAAGCACCAGCCCUACAAGCUGGGCCGCCAGUGGCCGGAGCUGCUGCUGCGCUUCACUGACGCCCCUGAUGAUGACGUGGCCAUGGAUGAGCCCUCCCUUCAGUUUCGGAGGAACGUGUUCUUCCCAAAAUGGCGAGAGCUCCAGAUCCGUGACGAGGAGAUCCUGCGGCUGCUCUACGAGGAAGCAAAGGGCAACGUGCUGGCCGCUCGGUACCCAUGCGACGUGGAGGACUGUGAGGCCCUGGGCGCCCUGGUAUGCCGGGUGCAGCUGGGGCCCUACCAGCCUGGCCAGCCUGCGGCCUGCACCCUGAGGGAGAAGCUGGACUCCUUCCUCCCCGCCCACCUCUGCAAGCGGAGCCACGGCCUCUUUGCUGCCCUGCGGGGCCGAGGAGCCAGGGCGGGCACAGGCGAGCAGGGCCUGCUGAAUGCCUAUCGCCAGGUGAAGGAAACAGUCAGCAGUGACGGUGCCCAUGAGGCCACCCUGGGCACCCACUACCGUGCCUACCUCCUCAAGUGCCACGAGCUGCCCUUCUACGGGUGUGCCUUCUUCCACGGUGAGAUUGACAAGCCGGCCCAGGGCAUUUUGCACCGUGGUGGGCGAAAGCCAGUGAUCGUGGCCAUCAGUCUGGAGGGCGUGCAUGUCAUUGACAGUAGGGAGAAGCACGUGCUGCUGGGUCUGCGCUUCCAGGAGCUGUCAUGGGACCACACCUCCCCGGAGGAGGAGGAGCCUGUCCUGUGGCUGGAGUUUGAUGGGGACUCUGAGGGCCUUCCUGUCAACAAGCUGCUCAGGAUCUACUCGAAGCAGGCGGAGCUGAUGAGCAGCCUCAUUGAGUACUGCAUUGAGCUGAACCAAGCUGCAGAGCCCCCCGCCCCGCAGGAGAGUGCACCCAGCCCCCACUCCGCACCAGACUCCUUGCCACCUCCCACUCAGCGCCCCAAACUGAGGAGACAGAGCAGUGUGGUGUGCAGCCGGAUCCAGCACCUCUCCACCAUCGACUACGUGGAAGAUGGCAAGGGGAUCAAGCGGGUGAAGCCGAAGCGCUCCACGUCCUUCUUCAGCCGGCAGCUCUCCUCGGGCCAGCGGGGCUACACUGUGGUGCAGCCCACAGACAGCCUGGAGCAGGGCUGAAGAGGCCGCACCAGGCAGGAGGAGGGACGGGGACCCCGCCUGUGGACCUGCCCCAGCACAGUCCCCGUGGCGGGCACCAGACAUGGGAAUCCACAAUCUGAGCACAGAGCAGUGAGUGGCCUCAGUCCCUCGAGCUCUGGCUGUUUCAGACCAUGGAGAGGGGGCUGGUGCCAUCUGGGAUGAUACCUGAGCCACGCAGGACUGGCUAGGGCUCCCACAGAGCCCCUCUUGCACCCUGGCUCCCACCCACAGACGCAACUCCAAAUCCCCUGCCAAGGGGCUCAGCAGCCUGUGCCCUGCUGGGACUGCCAGCAGCCCCAAUGGCCAGCAACCACGGUCAGGGCUUGGCACCUGCAGGCUCAACAUCUUUUUCCUUGGACCUUGGUCACCACAUCUCACAUUCCUUUCUGCUGGUGUUUUCUCCCACCUGCCAGGAUGGGCUGUCCCUUGGGGGUGAGAGCCCCCUGAAUUGAACCCUCUGGGAUAGAUGAGGCCUCCGUGCCAUCGAUGAACUGGGCCUGGAGGGAGCCGGGUAGGUCCCCCUUGCUCAUAUCUCCCUGGCAGGCAUCAGACACUGAACAAAGAAAGGGGCCUUGUAACUUUUGGUGGCAUCACUGCUGGGAGGUGGCCAUCCUGUGGACCAGCAGGCAGGCCCAGACCAACACUGUACCAGGAAAACUCCCAAAAAACCCCUUGUCACCUUCCCAGGGCCAGACAGUUCCCUCUCCCCUUCAUGCCUGAGUCUUCCAGAUUUGUACUCCGUCUUUCCUCAUCUGCUUUGUUUGGUGAAGUUGGUGAGUCCUUGGUAACCUCAGGCUACAGACUCUGCUUCAGCAAAAGUGGAGGGUCCCCCUGGGGACCAGUCUCAAUAACACAAGAUGUGUCUCUUUGGGACUUUGGAAAGGAGGCUUCAAUGUGGAUGCUUGACUUUGACAGGGGGCAGUUUGGGGCUGGAACCCAGGAUCAUGCACAGGUUGGACCAGUGAGUUUAUACCCCAAGGCCCCAGCUUCACCCUCCUGGCAACAGUGGCUGUAUAUCUUUUUGGUACCAGAAAUAGAACUUAGGACCUUGUGCUUGCCAGGGAGGUGCUUGUGCCCCUGAGCUGUAUCCCCCGCCUCUGUGUCCUUUUGGAGAGAAGCUGGGCCUCAGGAUGGGGCCUUUCCUGACCCUGGCCUUCUCUGUGGGGACACAGGCUUUGCUCUUGUGCUUUCUCCAUGGUAACCGUGGAAAUGGGAACUGGUCUUGUUCCAAAUCCAAAGGCCAUUUGUCCACUCGCAAUAAUGUGAGAGCUGCAGUCCUGCCUCCCCACAGCGGCACUUCGUUAUUUAUAAUAAGGAAGGAGGAGACCUGGGAGGUGUCUCCAGGCUUUUGGGAUGUUUGGGCUACAUUGCUGCAUCAGCUGCCACUUCUUGUCUCCCCUGCUGGCUUGGCAUGACCUCACCAAGCUGCCAGCCCGCUGACCUGUCCCAGCCCUCUGGUCACCUGGGCCACUCCCUGGUGGCUCCAGCACAUUCUCAUCUGAUGGCCCCAGGGGCUGCCGGGGUGUGGCUGGGUGUGUACAGCUGGCAUCUUUCCACUGUUGAGCUCACUCCUGAUUUCUAAGCUUCCAUUGUGCCUUACUCUCCUCUGCUGCCCUUUGGGACAAAGCAAUAUUGUACUGAAAUGCCUUUGAAUGUCCUCAUUCUUUUGUAUCAUGCAGUUAAUAAAAUCAGUUUCCAGCAA